AUGGCGGGUUUCAUCAAUCCGAACACUCAAGGUGGAACCAGUACUACAAUGGUUAAUAAUAGUGAUAACGAUGUCGACGAUGGAAUUUCUACUGACGACGUCGCAACAGCUUUACAAGAUUUAGAUACACUUCUUACUCAUAUCACCAUCGGUGGACAUAGUCUUAAUGCUAAUGAAUUCGUCGAAAUCGAUUCAGAAACUCCAGUUUUCAACGAAUGGAACGAUAUCGAUGAUAAUCUGGUCGUCAUCGAUGCAGACUGUGGUGACAAUAUAACCACAGAUAAGAAUGGAGAUGACGACAUGCCAACUGAAGCACCACCUAAACUCACUGAAGCAAUGGAAAUGGUUCGACGACUACACAUUUUAGCAGCCACUCGACAACCAGAAUUACAUACACUUAUUCCUCAAUUAGAUUCACAACUUACCCAACUUUUCAUCGACUCAAAAGGAGUCAAGCAAGCAACGAUUAAAGACUUUUUCAUAAAAAAUAAUUAA